GAGUUAUACGCAGUGCUGGGUUGUUCUUAUCUCUUUCUACUGAGCCGAUAAACAAAGGAAACCAGUAUAGCUUACUUUGAUGCCCGAAGACAAACCAGGCUGUGAAUACCAACAACACAUCCUGGUUUAUUAUUCUGGAUUUUCUGAAUACAUCAUACUAUCACUGCUUUCUUGGAUAUCAUACUGAACUGUCCUUUUGUUCAACAACAACAAACAGGAGGUGGAAGAAGGAAUGCAUGAGCAGCAGAUUGCCAUCCAUAGAACAACCAGAGACUUCCCUCCUUUAGCCAGCUCUACCAGCCUAAAACUCCAGUAAAAGAAGAAUGGGGCUUAUGGAUAUCUUGACAGCUUGCUCUUUGGAAAUUAAUGCGACAGCAGUGACCAUCACCUGCCUGGUAACCUUCCUGGUCCUCCUUUAUUGGUAUUCCACUUUUUCAUACUCAAGGCUGCAGAAUGUGGGCAUCCGCCAUCCUCCCCCAUUGCCUUUCAUUGGAAAUCUACUAUACUUCCGCAAGGGCUUUUGGGAAGGCCACAACAAAUUGAUAAAUAAAUAUGGACCUGCUUGUGGGUAUUAUAUUGGCCGUCGAAUGUUCAUAGUAAUAUCUGAACCAGACAUGAUAAAAUUUAUCUUAACAGAAGACUUCCAAAACUUUACUAACCGGAUGACGGUGGACUUGGCUUCCAAACCACUUGCGGACAGCAUUCUUAUCCUGCGGGAUGAAAGAUGGAAAGGCGUCCGAGGUGUUUUGACCCCAGCCUUCAGUACUGCUAGGAUAAAAGAGAUGGCUCCGCUAAUCAACCAGGCAUGUGACAUCCUGCUGAGCAACUUAAAGGUCUAUGCAGAUUCUGGCAGAGCUUUUGACAUCCAAAGGAAUUACAGUUGCUUUACUCUGGACAUUGUUGUUAGUAUGGCUUUUGGGAUCCAAUUGGACUCCUUCAAGAACUCCAAUGAUACUUUUGUGAAGAACUCAAAAAUCUUCUUUGAACCUGCAUUCUCUAGACCCCUCCUCAUCCUUACCAUUGCCUUUCCAUUCAUCAUGAUCCCACUGCUUCGGAUUUUGCCAAAUAAGAAACGAGAAGAAGUGAAUAGAUUUUUUAUUGACACAGUUAAGAAUACAAUUGCUUUGAGAGAUCAGCAAGACCCAAAUGAGAGACGCAGGGACUUCCUCCAGCUGAUGCUUGAUGCCCGAAGUUCUGAUAAUGAUGUCACCGUGGAACAUUUUGACUUCAUCAACCAGGCUGACUUUGAUGUUAAGACAAGUGAGACAGCUGCUAACCAAAGCCUGCCUAAGAAGCAGCAGAAACGACUGAGUGAGGACGAGAUAGCUGGCCAGGCUUCUUUAUUUUUGAUCGCUGGCUAUGAAACUACUAAUAGCAUACUCUCCUUUGCUACUUACGUGUUAGCCACCAACCCCAGUUGCCAGGAAAAGCUUCUUCAAGAGACAGAUGAGUUCUUUUUUAAACAUGACUUUCCUGAUUACAAAAACAUCCAUGAGCUUCCGUAUUUGGAUAUGGUGAUAGCAGAAACUCUCCGUAUGUAUCCACCUGCAUUCAGGUUCACCCGGGAAGCAGCCAAAGACUGUUUGGUUUUGAAACAACAUAUACCUGCUGGUGCUGUAGUAGAAGUUGCUGUUGGUCACCUCCAUUACAAUCCAAAAAUCUGGCCAGAACCUCAUAAGUUUAUCCCUGAGAGGUUUACUACUGAAGCCAAGCAGCAGCGCAAUCCCUUCUCUUAUCUCCCCUUUGGAGCUGGACCUCGCAGCUGCAUUGGCCUGAAGCUGGCUUUGAUGGAAGUAAAGAUAACACUUCUAAGAAUUCUUCAGAAGUUCAAGUUCCAAACUUGCCCCGAGACCCAGAUUCCUUUGCAGUUGAAAUCUCAAGGCACGCUAGGACCUCUGAAUGGUAUCUACAUCAAGAUGGUUUCUCGAUAGAAGAAAAUCACCACUCACUGUGCCUUCCAAAAAGACAACAUCUUACUGUGCCGUGUUGCCUCUAAUUGUGCUGAGAAAAUAUACAAGUCUCUUUUUUCCAAUAAAAGAUUAUUGAUUAAAAGUU